CCGAGGCCGCGUCGCGCCGCGCCGCAGUCUCCGCUCCCUCCCUGGAAGUCCCGGGCGGGCGGGCGGUGGAGCCCCGGGGCUGGGGGCGGGGAUGCGGGGACGACGCGCGGCUCCGACCUCCCCACGCCUGACGGGUGUCCAGAAAUUCUCUCUGACAGCCCUGCAGCUUAAACCUGCCUCUCGCUCCCCAGACCCCUCCCUCGCUCCCUUCCCUCGGGCACACCUGCGUGCCCUGCGGAGCCCCCAGAGCCCCUCGCUCACGCCGCCAACCCGCCAGCCCGCCCCCGGCCCCACAGUUCUCUCCCAGAUGUCCCCGAAAUGCUCCACCGCUGGGAAACUCCUCUGCUGCGUACCCUUACCUCCCUCCCCCACCCUGUUCUUGCUCGGUGCCCAAAUCUGGAAUUCUUGCCCACAUCCCCCCAAGACUUGUUAUUCGUUAUUACCCAUCACCCCCUCUAGUUCCUGCCCUUGAUCCCAGACCAGAGCCCCCCACCCCAACGUAAGCACCCCUCAGUGGGCUCUCUGGUGACGUGUCCUGGUAUCUCCAAGGCAGGGGGACAGGAACAUUGCACCCCUCCCCCACCCUGCCCCCUAUAGUUACUGGCUCCACAUGCCCCUAGGGCUCUUGGUGGCUCAAGCCCCAGGACUUCCCAGCCACCUGUCCCGAGUCUGCACACCUCCCUCAGCCUGCUUCCUCCUUCCAGAGUAACCCGAGGGGAGGGUGGGGUCCUUUGACCUGGACGUGGCUCAGGGUUUCAGGGCACAAGGGACCGUGGGAAUCGUCGCUUUUCUGGAGCAGAAGGGGGGGAUGGCUCGUCUCGUCUGCUUGGGGCUUGACACCCUGAGAUUUUGGCUUACUGUUAACAUCAGUGUUAAAGUUAGGCCUUCCCGAGCUUGGAGGACAGAAAGUCUACCAGGCUUCCCAGGGUGAGCUGGAAGAAGGAGAUGGCCAUGUUAGUGAUGUUUGUCUUGCCUCGGUAUACAGAUAUUUCCUCUAAAAACUCAGGUGGUGGGAAGGGAGUGGAGUUGGGAUACUUAGUAGCGACAAAGCUGGCCAGAGCGUUGGUUUCCUGAAUGGGAAGCCAGUGCCCUCUCCAGCCCUGCACAUCUUCGUGUCCUUUUGAGAAAGCACUGUGUGGGGGUACAGUUCUCUGCAAAGGUGAACCCCCGGUGACUUCUCUGCAGACCGAUAGCCAUGAGCCCUCAGCGAGGACGGGGCGAAUAAAGAGGGGCUCCUUCCCCAUGCCCCUCCCAUGGUCGGCUCCCCAAUGGCCUGGGUGAGGGCGGGCCGGCUGCUCUGACACCAUGGGGAGCUGCUGCAGCUGCCUGAACAGAGACAGCGUCCCAGACAACCACCCCACCAAGUUCAAGGUGACCAAUGUGGAUGACGAGGGGGUGGAGCUGGGCUCUGGGGUGAUGGAGCUGACGCAGAGCGAGCUGGUGCUGCACCUGCGUCGGCGCGAGGCCGUCCGCUGGCCCUACCUCUGCCUGCGGCGCUACGGCUACGACUCCAACCUCUUCUCCUUCGAGAGUGGCCGCCGGUGUCAGACAGGCCAGGGGAUAUUUGCCUUCAAGUGCUCCCGGGCUGAGGAAAUCUUCAACCUCCUUCAGGACCUGAUGCAGUGCAACAGCAUCAACGUGAUGGAAGAGCCCGUGAUCAGCACCCGCAACAGCCACCCCACGGAGCUCGACCUCCCGCGGGGGGCCCAGCCGCCCAGUGCUCUAGGCUACACCGUCUCCAGCUUCUCCAACGGCUUCCCUGGCUGCCCUGGGGAGGGCCCACGCUUCUCAGCAACCCCGCGGCCUUCAGCCAGCAGCCUGCGACACCCCUCGCUCGGGGAGGAGUCCACCCACACCCUCAUCGCCCCUGACGAGCAGUCCCACACCUACGUCAACACCCCGGCCGGCGAGGAGGACCAGCCCAGGAGCCGGCACUUCCUGCAGCCCCUGCCUGAGGGCCGGCUCCCCUUCCCCGCCCAGGCCCCCGGCCCCGACCAGCAGGACGCGCAGGUGUUCCUGCAGCCGGGCCAGGUGAAGUUUGUGCUGGGCCCAACCCCGGCUCGGCGGCACGUGAUGAAGUGCCAGGGCCUUUGCCCCAGCCUGCGCGACCCCCCCCACCACAACAACAACGAAGGCCCCUCGGAGUGCCCUGCCCAGCCCAAGUGCACCUACGAGAAUGUCGGCGGGGGGCUGCGGCGGGGGGCUGGCUGGAGACUGAGCCCAGAGGAGCCGGGCUGGACCGGCCUGGCCCAGCGCCGGGCCGCCCUGCUGCACUACGAGAACCUGCCCGCCCUGCCCCCGGUGUGGGAGAGCCAUGCGCAGCAGCUUGGGGGGGAGGCCGGGGAUGACGGGGACUCGAGGGACGGGCUCACACCCUCCUCCAAUGGCUUCCCCGACGGCGAGGAGGACGAGACCCCCCUGCAGAAGCCCACCAGCACCCGGGCCACCAUCCGCAGCCACGGCAGCUUCCCUGUGCCACUGACCCGCCGCCGCGGCUCCCCGAGGGUCUUCAACUUUGAUUUCCGCCGGCCGGGCCCCGAGCCCCCAAGGCAGCUCAACUACAUCCAGGUGGAGCUGAAGGGCUGGGGUGGGGACCGCCCCAAGGGGCCCCAGAACCCCUCGGUCCCUCAGUCCCCCCUGCCCACCACACACCCUGCCCGCAGCUCAGACUCCUACGCCGUGAUUGACCUCAAGAAGACGGCGGCCAUGUCCAGCCUGCAGAGGGCUCUGCCCCGGGACGACGGCACGGCCAGGAAGACCAGGCACAACAGCACCGACCUGCCUCUGUAGGGACGGCCCGGCCCCCACCUCGCCCCCGCCCCGGGCUGCGGGGCCGCUUUGCAGGAGGCCUCGAGGUGGGACCAGAUGCUUCCCAGCUGCCUGGAGCCCCCAAAGAUGUCAGCCACUGCGUCUCCUGGCCUCCACGCUGGAGAGAGGAGGGGUGACCGGGCGAGGAGGGCGCCUCGCCGUAAACUGUGAAGGGUCCCCUCGAUCGAGUUCCCCCCCGCCCGUGUCCAUUUGUCUCGUCCGUCUACUGUCCGUGUGAGUUUUUUGGUUGGAACUUCGAAACAUUUUGUACCUGUUGAUUUUAUUUAUCAGUUUAUUUUUCUAUUUAUUGUUUUAAAUGUAAUUUAACAUAUUUAUUAUUAAUAUAAUUAUUUUUAAAUUCUG